AUGGCUACACAUGUUGGGACCGAUGGCGACCCGUUGGUUGCGCUUCACUUGCCCUCCUACGUCGACGACCGCGCACCAGGCAGCUACUUCCCGAAUCCACCUGCAGAUGGUCCUUCACCCUUUAUGACGUGGCCGUACGUUACGCGUGUCUUAUCCCACGGCGAUCUGGAUCAGCUGUUUCGCGAUCCUGUCUGCGAUACCGCCUACCGAGCAUUCGCACCUGGAGCACGAGCAAAGUACAAUGGCAUUGAAAACUACAUCCGCACAGUACGUCUUGGAUGGCCUGCUGAAGAGCUCACCGGACCUGUUGGACCCAACAUGCUCGACCGACCCGCAAAAGAUCCGCUCUCAAUUCUGGGCUCAGCUUCCGGUUUCAGCACUCCAAAUGGAACGCGAUUGCCGCUGGAAGCGGUCAAAGAAACCUGGCCGGAAAGGGUGUUGCCGCAUCCGUUGCACAAAGGCGUGGUGCUGAGGCACUUUGUAGAUGAUGCCGAUCAGGACGGCCAAGCAGGCGAGAGUCUGGUCAAAGUGAUUCCCAACGAUUGGCCUUACGGUAUUCCGGCUGGAAGCACACACUGGGUCGUCUGGUCCAAGCUCCCCAUUUUGCACCCUUCCUUGUUCUCUACCGCAGACACACCCUUCGACGAAUCAAUCAGAGAAGAGCUUUACAACUGUGUCACCGGCGAUGGUAUCCGUGGCUUCACCGGAUUCAUCCCAGAAGGACCUACCUAUCCUUCGGCAAAAUGCCAAACCCAGAUUCCGGAAAUCUUGGGAUCCUAUUCGCAAUCCAAGCUCAACGAACAGCAACGCCAACCAGAUGCAGACGUCAAGCUCGGCUUGUCCAAACAGCUGAUCAGCCAAGCACACGCAUGGGCUUCAAGAUAUGUCAAUCACUACAUCCAGCACACGUGGCCCACAGAAACGUUUGUUACCGCUUGGUUCUGCAAUCCUCCAGCCUUGAGGACCGUACCAGGGCUGAGUCACUUUCACGUUAUUGUGCGGCAAAAGGCUCUCACCGACACCGCGGCUGCGCUCAACUAG